AUGUGCUUUGGCAUCGGCAAACCCUAUGUGAAGCCCCAGCCUCCUCGCCGAGAGAAAUACCGAAACAAGGAGGAGAAAUAUCAAAAAGACUACGCGAAAUAUGAGAAGGAAUAUGAAGAAUACAUGAACCCGGAAAACAGGCGUAGGAUGAUCUCCAAUUCGAAUGCGGGGGCAUUAGCUGGAACCACUGCUGCAAUUAGUUGA